AUUCGAGCACUUGCCUGCCCUCGAUUACUGGAGGUCGUAUCUGCGACCCCUUGAAGAGCUCGAGAACGAGAGAGGGACCAUGGGCUCUUUGGGUCUCGCCUUGACGUCCAUUGCGGCAGCGAGGCCAACGCCAUCGCCGGCUUCUUCUCCAUCUCUGGCUCUCUCCAACGAGAAGUCUUUUGCCUCUCUCCACUAUUCUGACUCUUUGGAGACUUCGAGGGCUUCUUUCCGUCUUGAAAUCAGCUAUCAUCGCCGUUUACUCGCCGAAUUGCGGUGCAAGCCAUCGGCCGUCACCCGGUCAGGCCCGGUUGUAGCUGUUGCGAAACCAGAGCCUCUGAAGAUUAUGAUAUCAGGGGCUCCUGCAUCUGGCAAGGGAACACAAUGUGAGCUCAUCGAGAAGAAAUAUGGGCUGGUUCAUAUUGCUGCUGGAGAUUUGCUAAGAGCAGAAAUUGCUGCUGGAACUGAGAAUGGGAAGCGUGCCAAAGAAUAUAUGGAGAAGGGAAUGUUGGUUCCUGAUGAAAUUGUUGUCAUGAUGGUAAAGGAACGUCUUCUGCAACCAGAUGCUCAAGAAAAUGGCUGGCUUUUAGAUGGAUACCCAAGAAGCUUAUCUCAGGCAACUGCUUUAGAAGAUCUGGGAAUCCGACCUGACCUUUUCAUUCUCCUGGAUGUUUCUGAAGAGGUACUUAUUGAGAGAGUGGUUGGUAGAAGGCUUGAUCCUGUUACUGGAAAAAUAUACCAUUUGAAGUACUCUCCUCCUGAGAAUGAAGAAAUUGCUGGAAGACUUACCCAACGGUUUGAUGAUACAGAAGAAAAGGUAAAGUUGCGAUUGAAGACUCACCAUCAGAAUGUUGAAGCUGUCCUUUCAAUAUAUAAAGAUGUCAUAUUCAAGGUCAAUGGCGAUGCCCCUAUUGAAGAUGUAUUUGCUGAAAUAGACAAAGCAUUAUCUUCAAUUCUGGAGAAGAAAUCAAGAACAGAUUCAUCAUCCAUGGCUGCUGGUAUAAUUAGCUAGAUUUUUUUUUUAGUACCCAGGCAUCAUGGACAGGACAGAAGGACUGACAGGACAUCAUGGUGCAUUUUGAUUUAUUUGGUUUAUACAUGAAGGUCCCAUUCGACAUUGCUGUUGUUUACAAUCAAAGAAAAUCUUAAUAGCUCUAUGCAUGUAAAUCUCAUGUUUUUUUGUUUAAAGAAAGCUUUGAUCUUUUCCAUAAUUGUACAUUUUGUGUUUUAAAAUCUUUUCUUAUGUGACGCUUCAUGUAAACGUAACAAUUAUAAUCAAUCAUAUGUACAGGAGCACCUCUUAAAAUGAAUGUAUUUGAAGGUAGUACAAUUCUUUA